UCAGUGCGCCUUUACACCGAUUGUUACGGCUCGGAUGUACAGACAACAUGGCGGCCUCCAUGAAGAGCAUUUUUGUUGCGUAGCAGGGUCUACCUGAGUCCUGGUACUGUUGCCAUCAACCUGGAAAGUAGACAAAAUAUUUUAUUACUCUUCUGCCAAAAUAACUGUGUGCGUCUCACAUGUUGACUAAGAAGAUCCCACCUGUGCAGAGUUUCCUGUUACUGGUCUCCAGGCGUGUAGGCCACCUCAGCAGGCAGCGCUAUGACGUCAUCGUGGUGGGCGGGGGCCAUGCAGGGACGGAGGCGGCGGCUGCAGCUGCCAGGGUGGGAGCGGACACGCUCCUGGUCACGCAGAAGAUGCACACAGUUGGCGCCCUGUCCUGUAACCCGUCUCUGGGGGGGGUCGGGAAGGGUCAACUUGUGAGGGAGGUGGACGCCCUGGAUGGGUUGUGCGGUCGAGCUGGAGACUGGGCUGGAAUUCAUUUCUCCAUCCUGAAUCGUAGAAAAGGGCCAGCUGUGUGGGGGCCAAGAGCCCAGCUGGACCGCCAGCGCUACCGGGAAUUCAUUCAGUCCGAGCUGCUGUCGACUCCCAGGCUGACAGUGCUGGAGGGCUCAGUGGAGGAGCUGCUGGUCACAGAUCCAAAUCCAGAAGACCCGGGACACCACAGAGUCACCGGGAUACGGUUAGAUGGCAGUCAGACGAUCUCAGCAGCCUCUGUGGUUCUCACCACUGGGACGUUCUUGUCCGGCUCCUUGUUCAUGGGCCAGACCUCGUCCCCCGGGGGUCGGAUUGGAGACGCUCCAAGUGUGGGGUUGUCCCAAAUGCUGAGGGAGAGGCUGGGUCUAAAGAUCGGCAGGCUGAGGACUGGGACCCCGCCAAGGAUCGUGAAGGACUCAGUAGACCUGUCCCUGGCCCAACUUCACCUUCCUGAUAGCUGUCCAACUCCGUUUAGCUUCAUGAACACCCGAACACGCUGCAAGCCGGAGGAGCAGCUGCCCUGCCACUUGACCUUAACUACUCCUGGGGUAGAAAAAGUUGUGAGGGAAAGUCUUCAUCUCAACUGCCACAUUCAGGAAGACACCAAAGGCCCCAGAUACUGUCCCUCCAUCGAGUCGAGGGUGCUGCGUUUUCCGGGUCGCAACCAUCAGGUGUGGCUAGAGCCCGAGGGGGUGACCUCUGACCUUUUAUACCCACAGGGUCUGUCCAUGACCAUGCCCCCCGACGCUCAGCUCCGCCUCAUCAGAGAAAUCCCUCCCCUGCACCGAGCUGAGAUCCACACACCCGGUUAUGGCGUCCAGUACGACUUUGUGUGUCCCACCCAGCUGAGUCCCUCACUGCAAGUGAAAAACACUCAAGGUCUAUUUCUGGCGGGUCAGAUCAACGGGACAACAGGCUACGAAGAGGCCGCUGCACAGGUAGCUGCUUUUCUGUGGCUCACAAAAUCACAUUCAAUAAUGCGAGACAUGACUGUUCUUUGCUCUCAGCUGGGCGCUGCCACCCGCCUGGAGGGGGUGACACCCGCUGCAAUUGUGGCUCUCCUCAACUAUGUACUUGUUAAGGAGAAACCAAAGAAAACGAUACAAAGAAACCAACAGAACCAGGAGGAGGAAAGAGAAGAGGACCUGUGUGCAAGGAAUGUUUCUUUACCUUAAUGAAACGUCAAUUUAAAAUGUAAAAAUGUACUUUUGUAAAAUAAGCCAAUAAAAACGUUGUUUGCCUUCUGUU